AUUUUAGAGAGGGUGUUAAAGUGUUUACUGUUUAGUGCCAUGGAUCCACAGCAGCAACGAGUUGGAGUCCCUUCUCGUCCUCCUCCUGGAGGAGGUCGAGGUGAUUCUUCCGCCAUUAUUACUGUAAUGAUCGCCUUCCUCUCCGUCGCCGCAUUGAUCUUGGUCCCAUCAUCGUUUUCAGCUACGAACAAUAGCUUUUCCAUGUUACAUCAAGUCCCAGAAGGCCAUGUUGGUGUUUAUUGGAGAGGGGGUGCCCUUCUAAAAACAAUUACCUAUCCAGGUUUCCAUUUGAAGCUACCAUUGAUAACUCAGUUCGAGCCCAUCCAAGUGACCCUUCAGAAAGAUCAGGUUAAGGAUAUUCCAUGUGGAACAAAAGGUGGUGUUAUGAUAAGCUUUGGUAAAAUAGAGGUUGUUAAUCGUCUCCAUAAGGAUUAUGUGUAUGAGACUUUGCUCAACUAUGGCGUAGAGUAUGAUCAUACAUGGAUAUAUGAUAAAAUCCAUCAUGAAGUCAAUCAGUUCUGCAGUGCUCAUACCCUUCAACAAGUUUAUAUAGACAUGUUUGAUCAGAUUGAUGAAAAGUUGAAAGAUGCUCUUCAGGGUGAUUGUACACGUUAUGCCCCAGGUAUUGAAAUUAUCAGUGUGCGUGUCACAAAACCCAAAAUUCCAGAUAGCAUAAAGCGCAAUUUUGAGCAGAUGGAAGAGGAACGUACCAAGGUCUUGAUUGCCGUGGAGAAACAACGAGUUGCUGAGAAAGAGGCCGAAACACAGAAGAAAAUGGCUUUAACAGAAGCAGAGAAGAAUGCACAGGUUAGCAGGAUUCUCAUGGAGCAGAAGUUGAUGGAGAAGGACAGUGCCAGGAUGCAGCAGGAAAUAGAGAACCAAAUGUACAUAGAUCGUCAGAAGAGCUUGGCUGAUUCUGAUUUCUACAGAUCUAUUAAAGAGGCAGAAGCAAACAAGUUGAAGCUUACACCCGAAUUUCUUGAGCUCAAAUUUAUUGAAGCAAUAACAAAUAAUUCCAAAAUCUUCUUUGGAAACAAGGUACCAAGCAUGGUGUUUGAUCAGAGAUUGCUUGGAAAUUUUCUGAAUGAAAUUUCAAGGAAGAAGAGCUCAGAUGUGUAGGUUUUAAUCAAUUUGAACUCGGUGAUCAGGUAAGACGACACACUAUACAGAUAAUACUAGAUACAGGUUGAAGUAAAGGGUACAUAGAAGGAUGAUCUAUUUUUGUAAACAUGCAUUUUCAUAGGUUCUUGUUGCUUUUGUAUGUUUUCAUUUCCAGCUA